AUGGGUCGAUCGAGGUCAAGAAGCAAGUCACCCAGGCGGCAUCACAAAAGUAGUAAACACUCAAGGAAGAAAAGUCGAUCUAAAGAUCGUUCUGCAUCUAGGAGUAGGAAUUCAAAACAUGUCGAAAAAUCUAAGGAACGGAGUUCCAAAUCCAGAAAACGAUCACGUUCUGCAUCGUCUUCAAGUGCUAGUGAUGUUUCAUAUGAUGGCAGCAGAAGGAAGAAGUCAAAAGGUCGUAGUAAAAUGGAUGAAGUUGACCGGCUAGCAGAAAUGGAAAGACAAAGACGAGUUAGAGAAGCAGAGCAAAAGGUAGUUGAAGAAGAAGCAGCAAAAAGAAUAGAAUUACUAGUAAAGAAACGAGUUGAAGAAGAAUUAGAAAAGCGCAAGGACGAAAUUGAACAAGAAGUAGCCAAAAGAGUGGAAGAAGCAAAGCGCAAGAUGGAAACAGAAAUGAUGCAAGAGCUUGAGCGACAACGAGAACAACAGCGUCGCGAGGAACUCGCCAGACAGGAGGAAGAAGCUCGUAAAAGGAAAGAGUUGGAGGAAAUCAUGGCUGAAAAUAACAGAAAAAUCGAAGAGGCACAACGAAAAUUGGCCGAAGAAAGGUUAGCAAUGAUAGAAGAACAAAGAAAAAUGGAUGAAGAAAGACAAAAGCUGAAAAAAAGAACAAGAAAAAAGAAUAAAAGAAGAACAGAAGAAAAUUCUAGGGAAAAAUAA